AUGGUUGAAACCACUACUACGUCGACAGUUAAAUCUGAUAAGAAGGAACUUAUAGACAAUAUUCUCAAGUUAGCUCAACAAGAACAGAAAAGAGGUAACAAAUCUAUUACGCAGGAGAAACUAAACAAUUUAUCAAAUUACGUUUUAACAUACCAACAGAAACAAGAGAGCCAGAAUAAGACAACCAAUUACGACAAAUACACGAAAGAAUACCCUGCUCCAAUUGUGAAACCAUUAUACUCUCCACUAUUCAAUAAAUUCAGUGUCACAUCUCAAAAACCAGUAGUUAAAAAAAACAAUACAAAACAGAAAUUGCCUUUUCAGUAUACUUUUAAAAAUAUUGAAAGAGUAUUGAUUGAAAUUCUUGAAACCGUAGCUAAUAUUCUUGACAAUUUACAUUUAUUUUCUAGAUUUCCAAUGUUUCCUGCUAGGCUAGUUGAUUUGCUAAAACAAACAAACAAAUUAUGGGUAGUGAUAUUAAUUUUCUUGAUUCGGAAAACUAUAUCACAAUUACUAAAUGUAAUAAAAAAAGAACGAAAGGUCAAUAUUGAAUUAUCAAUCUUAAACCUGAAUAAGAAUUCUAAGUUAUUAAUCAAUAAAGAUGAUAACAAUGAUGAUAAUAAUAUUUUUAGGAGAUACGAGAAAGUCUUGAAGGACUUACAAUUCGAUAAAAUGAUGUUAGUGUUGGAAUUGAUUGGUAACUUCUUAGACAUGGGAUUUAAUUUGAUUGAAUUAUAUGGCAUACCUGUACCCGACUGGUUUAUGAGUGUAUUGAAUGCUGCAAGUAUGGGUAUGACGAUUUACAGAAUGAAUAAAGAUGACGAAUAUAUUGAUGAUGAUAUAACUGAAGAUUUAAUAUAA